AUGGGCAGAAUUUUACAUUCUUUGGGUCUCGUUGAGAUUAUAGUGCUGAGAGAAAUGUCGUUGAAUAAGGGAAAGUCCUAUUUGGCAGAGUUUUGGCCCUACAGCACUGCAGAAGCGAAGGAGCAUUAUGCCAUCUCUCGUAAAGAUGCUACAAAGUCUAAACGUCCAAGUCAAUCAGAUGCUACAUUUGAUGAGUUUGCUGGUGUUUUCAAAAAUCAGCUCUUGGAGUUUUACACAAGCAAACAACGAAAAUUGAACCUGAAUGUCCACGAUUUAUACAAAUAUGUUUUUCAAGACUAUUCAAGAGUUUUCAAAUUGUUAGAUAAUGGAACUAUCCUUUUGUUGGCACAUUGUGAGUUGAAAAACUUAUCACCAAAAGAUACACCUUAUAUACUUGGGAUCUUUGAAUGCCUUUUGAAUGAAACAACUAAACAAAAGCACUUUGAUGAUACGCACUCAAAAGAUCAAAUUCCAUCUCAAGAUGAUUACUUACUGGUGAUGAAACCAAUCGGUAUACUAUUGAUCAAUCAUCUCAAAUACAAUAAACUAUCCACUGAUAAGCUUGAAUCCGUUGCUACUUUUACAUGCAAAGUGAUUCAACAUUGUUUAUCUACAACUGCUCUAUUGGACGCAUGGUUUGAUGUGGCUUUGAAGGAACCAGAUGUGGUAUAUCUACUAUUCAAGAAUAGACUUCCAGCCAAUUGCUUUCCCCCUUAUGAAAUAGCUAAAGAUUUUUUGUUUAUGGGCGAUUUGUUAUUUCAAAUAUCAAAAGAGGCACUUUUAUCCAUUGUUUUAGCAUCUGGUUUCAAUAAAAACUUGGAAAAUUGGAUCUUGAUGAGUGAAUUCCCCGGAUUGGUUAUUACCGGGUUGUUGUCGAAUUUCAACCAGAUCUGUUAUAAUGAGAUUUUACUAAGCAAUUACAAAAACGAUUUUGAUGAAAUCUUACUGGAGAAUGAAAACUUUAAAGAAUUUAACGAGUAUAUCAAAUUCAUUAUGGAUAUAUUGUCUUACUCAACUCAUGAUUCAGUUAAAAUAGUCUUUUUGAAUUGUUUUCAAUCAAGAUUUAUUAACCCAGUUUUAGAGUACUACUCUUUAAAUGAUACUUAUCAUGUCAACAUUAUCUUUUUGCUUUCACAUACAAUCAACCAGCUCAUUAGCAUCCCAGAAUUUUCAAGAUCAUGUCCAAUAACCCAAUUUAUUGUGGAGGAAUUGAUCGAGAAAUGCAUUGACACUUCAACCCCAAAUAAGACUUCAUUAAUUGACAUUUUUAAAGAUGCAUUGUUACAACCGACUGAAAAUACCAUAUUGACUAUAUCAUCGUUCAACUUGCUAAGCUCCUUUUGUAAAGCAAGGCAGGUCUCUUUGGUACUGAAGCUUUUUGGAUUUGAGCCUUUUAUUGUUGAUAUAGGUGCUUGUGUUAUAAAAAGUGAUUCAAAUACCAACGAUCUAUGCAAUCUUGUUAAGUUGAUUGAACAUGGAGAACCAUCUUAUAAAACUGUUUUGGUUGAUAAACUCGAAGAAGGUUAUACAUGGAUAUAUAAAGUGGGUAAGAAUGGAGACCCUCAGAACCCAACAUCCUCUAGAACUUGGCUCAAAUUUGACUUUUCUAAAGAAUUGCCAUUGCUUAUCUUGUCGCAUUUUGUUAGAUUUUUCACAAAUCCAUACACUGUUAACAGAUCACUUUUGAAUCUUUUGAAGUGCAUUACAUCUUUUAAUCAUGGAAAGAUUUUUGAUUUUGUUUUAAAUGAUACAUCUGGACCAACUGAAACAUUCUUUUAUGAAAUAUUCACUUUUCUAUGGGAAUCAUUAGAAGACUAUUCAUCGAAAUACUAUUGCGGAAGAGUGGUUGCUCCGAUAGUAACACCAACAUCCCAUAUUCUUUAUUUAUUUCGUUCAUAUGAUAAAGUUAUUGCAGAUAACUUGGAGGAGUGGUACAAACAAGGCGCAAAGAAUCCUAUAAAGUUGGAAACUUUAGCUCUAAAUAUGGAGCUUUUCAAAGGAUUUGUCAUAGAUUUGUACUCCAUUCAUAAGACAAGAAAUCUUGAACAUCGUGUUUUCCAAAAGCUUGAAACUUCAAAGUCUCAUGAAAUUAGCUAGCAUUAUGUAGAUAUUUAUAUUACAAUUAACAAGGAUAUC